AUGCAACAACAAUGCGGUUUUUGCGCCGCGGUGUCCGACCUUUUCCGGAGGAUCAUGUGCUUUAAUGGCAGUAGGAGGGGCAGUGACCAGUCGUACUAUCACGAACUGGACAACGAUGACCCUCAGAUCGCACUAGUGACCGCUGAUCCCACGAACGUAUCGGCUCAUUCUCCAGAUGUGAUUUACAUUCGACUUAGAGACGACUCGCCCACAGAUGACCGGUGCAGGAGACGGUCCCGAUUGCUGUCCGAGGGCGAAGUGGUGCUACUCGAGUCGGUCGCCCAUCACGGUAAACGGUUACCCAACGGCCGAUUUCUUACCAUGCACAAGCGUAGGCGGAAAAAGCUCACCACCCGAUCCUUGUCCAACGAGAAUGCGCCGGCGUUAUUGGACGACAUUCACCACGGCCAAGUCCAGUGUGUGCUCAAGCACGUCUGGAAAUGGCCGUUCAACGCUUUUGCAUUAGACACAGCUACAGGGGGAAGAUCGCUUCCAGUACUUUGUGUUCAUCUUUUCCAUUGGUAUGGUCUAAUGGAACACUUCAAGUUGGACGUGGUCCAAGUUUGGAAACUCUUUAGUCUCAUAGAAGAAGGGUACCACAGCACAAACCCGUACCACAAUGCCAUUCACGCUACCGAUGUCACCCAGGCAAUGCAUUGUUUCCUGCAAGAAGACAAGAUCAAGAACUUCUUGACACCACUCGAAAUCAUGGCGUCUCUCAUAGCGGCCGUUGCUCACGAUCUCGACCAUCCCGGUGUCAAUCAACCGUUUCUUAUCGCGACCAGUAAUCAUUUGGCUACUCUUUAUGAGAACACCUCUGUGCUGGAGAACCACCACUGGAGGUCGGCGAUUGGUUGUCUGCUCGAAAGCCACGUAGCUGAGAAACUAAGUCCCAUAAGACAAGACCUCGAGUCGCAGAUAAGUUCACUGAUCUUGGCCACGGAUAUUACAAGACAACCGGAAUUCUUGAAGAAAUUCAACAACUAUCUGGAAAACGACGAGUUGGACAUGAAGGACCCGGAGUUGCGGCACUUCAUACUGCAGAUAGCACUAAAGUGCGCUGACAUAUCGAACCCGUGCAGGCCGUGGGACGUGAGUCGCAAAUGGAGCCUGAAGGUGUGUGACGAAUUUUUCAGACAAGGCGAUUAUGAAAGGCAGUUGGGAUUGCCGGUCACCGAUAUCUGCGACCGAUACAACAAUACAGUGCCGAAAAUCCAAACAGUGUUCUUCAAGUUCAUGGUGUUGCCGCUUUUCAAUUUGUGGCACAAGUUUUUGGACACCAAACUGUCGCACUCGAUGAUGGAAAACCUGAGGAAGAACCAACAGCAGUGGGAAGAGCUCCGGGAGCGCGAGAGCUGCGACGAGCAGCAGCUGAUCGCGGACGCCGACGACAUGAUGCUGGAACAGGAAAACGAACCGGACACGCCACAGCAGCAGAACCGCCGGGGCUCACUUCCGGCCGUCGUGCUGGAGACCGUGGACAAGAUGGGCCGUCGGCACUCGGUGCCACUGAACCUGGCCCGGGUCACCGGCCACGCGCUGCCGUGCACGAUACUGCGCCGGGAAAGCUUGCAGGGCGCGCUGCCCUCGACGUUGCUGGUGCAAGUGGAAAACCGGCGACGGUUCACGCUGGGCCAGAUCCCGUACCUGGAAGAGGAGGAGGAGGGCCUGAGCAUAUCGGUGGGCUCGUCGAGGAGCAGCGGGCUGCAACGUUCGUCGGACGGUUGCGGCGGCAGUCACAUGGACGACCGGCCGGUGAGCGCCGAGAACCUGAUACCCGAGCCCAGCAUAGCGACCAUUACCAAUACGGCAGACGCCAGCCGGCUGUGCAACGUCAUACACGGCGUCACGUCACCGGUCCUCGGGCACCAGGCCUCGUCCAGGGGGGGCCUGACCAGGCAGCAGACGUUCCCACCAAUCCAGCCGUACGUCCGGGCCCGGUACCUGUCCACCGGCGGAGACACCGCUGCACCGUGUUCGUCGUCCAGCGGCGGCACGUCGGCCGUGUCCACGGCGUCCAGCCGGACCGGUUCGACCAGCAGCGAGGGUUGUCCGUCGGCGGGCGGUGGUGGUGGUGGAGGAGCAGGCCACGGCGCUGGAGGAAACGGCACGAAGCGAGACUCGAUCCUGGACACUGACCGGGCGUUUAAGUUGGCCAGGUUUUCGUCCAACAAGGAGAAGGAAAACGUCGACCCGGCAGCAAGGACCAACGCGGAAAUCAGGCGUAACAGCAAUCACAUGAACCAGAUUUUGACAAGACGUCGAGGUUCAGCACCGGUAGGCGCUGGAAACGGUGACGGUACUGGACACCCGACACCCGGCAAGGGCCAAGAAGCGACCAUUCCAAGGCGCGGGUCGGUGCCAUCAGAUUUUUCCAAACAGAGUGCCCUUUUUAAGGUGGUGGCCACAGGGCCACUGAGCACAAAUAGCCCGAAGCAAGGCGCGAGACGUUCAUCGCUACCGUAUGAUUCCAAUAUUGGAUUAUCGAGCUCGCCUCUUGUUUCUCCUUCCCGGCCAGAGCGAAGGGGUUCGGACGGAAGCCGCCCUGGUAGCCGAAGACGGCGCAGAAAGUCAAUGAAGCGACGGAGUUCCGGCGGACCGGACGUGUUGCUGUCCACCGGCCAGUCGAUGGACUCGUUCCUGGCCCACCGCCGCGGUUCCUUGCCCGUCGAAAUACUUGCCACGUCCUUCUCGGGGCCACAUUGA